AUGGGGUUCGCCGGCGUGGAUCUCGACGAUGAGGGUAUGUCGAUGGAUGUAGACACGCUCUUAGGCCUUAUCGCUGAAGAAUCCCCGAGUCGUCCACAGAAUUAUUCCUUGGAAAAUCAAUUGCAAGCUGAAGCAGUUUCCGAUGCUCAGCUCCAAAGUGGAUUUCAAGCGUUGAAAGAAGAACCACCAAUUGAAAAUGAUUUAAUGGGUCCAGGCUCAUGGCAUACUCCAUACAGGUUAGAAGCUUCAGAUUCUGGGGCAGGGGGUCCAGAUGGCUCUUUUGAAUCUGCAGGGAACCGUGCAAUGAGUUUUGAUUACAAAGAGAUGGAACCAUCAGCACACACCAGUUCUCCUGGGCAUGCCUACUCUACAAGUCUUAAAGACUGGAAUUCCUUGUUUCCAGGAAAUGAGGCUUGCUUUGCAGAGAGGGUUGCAGUUUCACAGCCCACAUGUAGUACGGCAUCUAGUUUUGCUGAAGGGCAUGCUAACCACAUUUUGGACCACGGAGAUCCCAAUGUCCUGCAGCGGAAAGCUGAUGUGGCAGGGAAAGUUGAUUCUGAAUAUGCUUCACAAUGCCUUGGUAUUGAGAACAUGGAUCUAAGUUACAGAACCUAUGGCAAUUUGGGGGAGAAUACCAGAGAAACCCAAGGACCUUCAGAAAAUAAUUCCUGCACAUCUAUGGAAACUACUCUCUGUCAAAAUUCUGAUGUUUUCAGUGACCAUUACCCAGCUUUGUGUGGGAUGAGCUUAGAUAAUACGUUUUUGGCUGAUACCUUAAUGCAUCAUAGUCCUACUAGUUAUUAUUUUCCGAGUAAUGAAGAAAUGAUGGCUAAUGUGAAGGAUGAAUCAGGGGAGUUUCCAACUGAUAGUUCAUGUUCAAGUACAAUCAGUGGAAAUUCUUCAUUCGAUGCUGACUCUUUUCCUGCUGACAACAAGUCGUCAAUCAAGCCUCUGAGUUCUACUCAGACAUAUAUAUCAAGCAAAAUGGAACCCAUUGGCGUGAAGGAUGAAAUGAUCGAUGAGUUAGUUGCACCUAGUAGUGUUAUGUGCCAUCCAUAUCGAGCCAUGGAUGAAGCUGUCAGUAGACAGUCUUCUUUCAGUGCUGAUGAUCACUUUUUUGACAAACACUCAAAGCUUUCUGGUUUUGGUAUAUCAACUCAGAAUCUUGGUAACCCAGUGGAUCAUAAAGAAGACAUGAUUGUUUCAUAUAAAGGAGCUUGUCAUUUUCAAGAUAUUAUGAAUGGAAGUUCUACAUCCCCCAUUGAUGGUCCAUCCAUGAAUUCAAAUGCCUCGGAACGUUAUUUGCCAGUUGCUCAGCCAUUCACUUCAAGCAAUAAUCAGGCUUACGUUAAGGACGAACUUGCAGAUUCUAAGAGCAUGCAUCUUUCGAAAGUCAGCCCCGAAUCAAUUCAUAGUAACUUCUCUGACAAGUCUCCUGCAGAAGAUGACUUUGAUGUACGUAUCAUUGAAAAUAUCAGUCAUCCUGCACCCUCAAAUCGCUCUCCAGUGGUUAUCAAUACUAGUUACCAUGCGCCCUUGAAUCGCUUUCCAGCACUUGGAAAUACCCUCGUUAAUUCACAACAAUUGGCACCUAGUGAUCAUUACACAGGAGUGGGAGGCAUGAGAUGCAAGGCAAGAGAUGAGCAAUUGAUUUUGAGAGUAGCAUUGCAGGACCUUUCACAGCCGAAGUCGGAAGCUAUUCCACCAGAUGGACUUUUAGCAGUUCCUCUUUUACGACAUCAGAGAAUUGCAUUGUCAUGGAUGGUUCAAAAGGAGACAGCUAGUUUGCAAUGUUCGGGAGGAAUUCUUGCGGAUGAUCAGGGAUUGGGAAAAACAAUAUCGACAAUUGCACUUAUACUUAAGGAAAGGCCUCCUUCUUAUGGGGCUUGUCAAGAUGUUAAAAAGCACGAGCUGGAAACUCUUGAUUUGGACAAUGAUGAUGAUAUGCCUUCUGAGAUUGUUGGACGGAAGCAACAUGCUGAUGCUCAUGAGGUUAUCCCAAAUGGAAUUCAAAAGAAGAGCAUGAAACCUUUGGUACAGGCAAAGGGAAGGCCAGCGGCUGGAACACUUGUUGUUUGUCCUACAAGUGUCCUCCGCCAGUGGGCUGAGGAGUUGCAUAAUAAGGUAACUGGAAAAGCUAAUAUCUCUGUGCUAGUAUACCAUGGAAGCAACCGAACGAAGGAUCCUUGUGAGCUGGCUAAGUUUGAUGUUGUCCUCACAACAUAUUCAAUUGUCAGCAUGGAGGUCCCAAAGCAGCCUCUUGUUGAUGAAGAUGAUGAGGAGAAAGUGAAGCCAGAAGAGAAUGAUAUUCCACAUGUGGGUUUCUCAUCCAGUAAGAAAAGGAAAUAUCCUCAAGGUUCUGCUAAUAAAUGUUCAAAGGGUAAAAAAGGAUUAGAGAGUGCAAUGCUUGAGUCUGUUGCUCGCCCUCUUGCUAAGGUUGGAUGGUUUAGGGUUGUCCUGGAUGAGGCUCAGAGUAUUAAGAAUCACAGAACUCAAGUGGCUAGGGCCUGUUGGGGUCUGCGUGCAAAACGCAGGUGGUGCUUAUCAGGGACUCCUAUCCAGAAUGCGAUUGAUGACCUUUAUAGCUACUUUAGAUUUCUCAAAUAUGAUCCUUAUGCUGUAUACAAGUCAUUUUGCUCUACAAUUAAGGUCCCAAUUAGUAAGAAUCCAGCAAAAGGGUACAGAAAACUACAAGCUGUUUUGAAGACAAUUAUGUUACGCCGCACAAAAGGCACACUUCUUGAUGGCGAACCUAUUAUUACUUUACCACCUAAAUUUAUAGAAUUGAAAAGGGUGGAGUUUUCAAUGGAAGAACGAGAUUUCUACUCCAGGCUAGAGGCUGAUUCACGUGCACAGUUUGAGGAAUACGCAGCUGCUGGAACUGUCAAACAAAAUUAUGUUAACAUUUUGUUAAUGCUUUUGCGUCUUCGACAAGCUUGUGAUCACCCUCUUCUUGUUAGACGAAGCUUCUUUGGCAAUAUGCGGCCUGCUGCAGAUCCACCUGAAGAUGCUGUUGUUUCCGAAUGCGGUCAUGUCUUCUGUAGCCAAUGCAUUUCUGAACAUCUUACCGGCGAUGACAACCAGUGUCCCAACACAAAUUGCAAAGUUAGACUAAACGUUUCUUCAGUGUUUUCAAAAGCCACUUUGAACAGUUCUCUAUCUGACCAGCCUAAUCCAGAUAGCAUUGGUUCAGAAGUUUUUGAUGCUGUAGAGUCUUUCUAUGAGGAUCACUCAUAUAAUUCUUCAAAAAUUAAGGCUGCUCUUGAGGUUCUGUGCGCAAUGUGUAAACCGCAGGCUUGUAUUUCUGGAAAUAGUUGCUUAGAUGACCAAGUUGAUAGAAAUGCUGGCUGUCCUGAAAAUUCUUCUGAUAUUCGUGUGGUUGAACCACUUGAGGAUGUUCCUAAUAGACAGAACUUGGAUGUGGUGACGUGUUCUAAGAAUUCAAAUAAGGUAGUUAGAGAAAAAGCAAUAGUCUUUUCACAGUGGACAAGGAUGCUGGACUUGCUUGAAGCAUGCCUUAAAACCUCUUCCAUUGAGUAUAGAAGACUCGAUGGAACAAUGUCAGUUGUUGCUAGAGAUAAAGCUGUCAAGGAUUUUAACACCCUUCCGGAGGUGUCAGUUAUGAUUAUGUCCUUGAAAGCAGCUAGUCUUGGUCUCAACAUGGUUGCAGCUUGUCAUGUUCUUCUUUUGGAUCUUUGGUGGAAUCCUACCACAGAAGAUCAAGCAAUUGAUAGAGCACAUCGUAUUGGGCAGACUCGUCCUGUUACAGUUUUACGGUUGACUGUGAGAGAUACUGUUGAAGAUCGUAUUUUGGCCCUUCAGCAAAAGAAGAGAGAGAUGGUGGCCUCUGCGUUUGGAGAGGAUGAAACUGGUGGUCGCCAGACUCGUCUGACAGUAGAGGAUCUGAAGUACCUGUUUAUGAUGUGA